CGAUGGACAUAUCUUCGGUAUCUCCAGAGGCGAUCCGCAUGCUCAUGUUCGGCUGUCAAUAUCUGGUGAUGUUCUUCGUUGCAACCAUGCUCGCCGCGCAAUGCUGCAAGAAGAAGAAGAAGGCUCCAGGUACAGAGAUGAAACCACCACCGGAAGAAGGAGCAGCAGGACCACCAUCGGCAAAAUCAGCUGCAAAGCCGCCCGCGUGAGUUCUAUUUUCUAUAU